AUGAGUCAAAGAAAUUCGGGGAAUAAAUUUGAUAUUCUCAUUAUUGGUGGUGGCCUAUCUGGCCUGACCUCUGCCUUGAGAAUUCAUCAAAGGGAUCCCAGUCUACACGUAGCAUUGAUGGAAGCCACUAAUGUUAUUGGUGGCCAGUUACGUUUCAAUCAUUUGGGAGAGUUGGGCGCCAAAUGGAUAACGGAGGAUCAAUAUCAUAUUUAUACUCUUCUGAAAGAUUUGAAUGUUUCUAUCCGGAGAAGAAAUAUUGAACAGUCUCAAUCGCUAAAAAGAUAUUGGCAACUCGAUGGAGGAAUAUUUGCCGCAUUAGCCAAAUAUGAACUGAAACGUUAUAUCGAUGAAUUGGAAUUUAUGUUGGAAUAUCGCGCAGGGGAAUUGAAGAGAUUCAUUGAAAUACCAAAUGGUUUAUUGGAAUUUUCCACUCAGGAGCUAAUAACCAAAAUGCUGGAGCACAUGGAAUAUAUUCAUAUCAUUUAUGGACACAAAGUAUCGGAAAUAUUUCAAUAUCGCGAGCAUGUAGAAGUCCUUGAUUCUCAAAAUAUAAAAUAUACUGCCCAGACUAUUAUCCUUGCAAUUCCCUGGCAACAAAUACAAGAAAUACAAUUCCAUCCCCCACUGCCGCUGGAGCUGCAACGGGCUCCACGCAAUGAGAAUAAAACAAAAUAUGUUCUAACCAGUUUCCUGGCCAGCUAUAGAGAAGCAUAUUGGCAGAAGUCUGGUUAUACGGGACAAUAUUUGUGGUUGGAACCUUUUUUGAUGGCCCAUCAAUAUCACAACAAUACCAUCUAUGGCCAUUAUCUUCACGAAGAAGGUAUUGAACCUUUGGUGAAAUCAUUGAUAUUACAUAAAUUGGCAGAGGCCUUUGGUGAGGAAAUGCUGCUACCUUUGGAAUAUUCCCAGCAUACAUUCGAACUUCCGGCGCUGGAUCAUGCACCUCGAACUACACCCUGGAAUCGUGUUAUUUGGUCAUCAUCGGCUUCGGCUGGGACUUGUUAUCGUGGCCUACUGGGGGGUGCCGUGCAAAGUGGUUAUCGUGCCGCCAUGAAUGCCCUUUUGAUUUGUCGUCCUCAAUUGGUAACAUGGCAAGAUAUUUCUGAAAUACAGUGUUCGUUAAAUUUACCUCUAAGAAAGCGAACUAUUCUGAAACGUUGGCUUAGCAGUUGGAAUCUAUAUAGUAUUGCAACUAAUGUAGUUUUCUGGAUGUAUUUCGAUGAAAGCCUUUUACCAGUAUUAUAA